AUGAUAACAAGAACUCUUAGAAUAAUUAAUCAAGAUGAACGUCCUAGAUUUAGACUUAGACAUGUAACUCCCGAGAUGAUUGAAACGGUGCAUUCAAUGUUUCCUGAUAUACCAACCGCUGCAAUAAAAUAUGAUCUUCAAAAAACUGGAUCAGUAGAAGUUACUUGUGAAAAUAUUCUUAGAAAUAAUAGCACUCUCCCAAUGCUUCAUGAGGCUGUUAAACAAGAUGUUGUUCCAAAUGAGCCACCAAAAGUAUGGGAAGCUACACCUGAAAAAAGGCAAGAAAUAUUACAAAUGAAAAAAGAUGCAAUGAAAUCUUCAUCACAACCAAAUAAUGAAUCUAAAUCAUCAAUAAAUAAUACUGACACUAAUAUUAAUACUAACGCUUCUAUUAACUAA